AUGCAGGUCUGCGGGCGCGUGGACGGAGUCUCCGCUGUCCCGCUGGUUCUUGCCGAUGACCUCGAAGAAGGCGACGGGGACGAGGCCGCGGGCGUUGGGGAAGAGCGGGUUGCAGGCCUCGUACCAGUGCUGGUCGUCCUCUCUGCUGAUGACGUGGAAGAAGUCUCCCUUGCUGAAGGCGAGCUCCUCUCUGUUCUCGGGCGACGGCUGGUAGUCGUACAGCGCUUUUAUCACCUGUCAAGAGGACAAGAUGAGCAGGAGAAGAAGAAGAAAAGAGGCUAUCUGACCUUCUUGGGCGGCAAGAUGGCGAGGGCUGACUUGGGCGUGAUCGAGACAUGCUGGUGGUGCUGCGACUUUUCCUUGUCGCCCUUGAGCGAGCGCCGGAUGGCCUUGAGUGAAGCAGUUAGCCGGGGUCACAGCGACUGGGAGACAGCAAGAGAGAGAGACGGCCUACCUUCAUGGCGCUGGCUGAGACUGUCGAUGGGCUGUGACUUUGUUCUUCUGCGCUUGUCAGAGAGUUACAGGAAGAAGAAGAAGAAGAAGAAGAAGAAAAGGACAAGAAAGUGGCGAAGGAAGAAGAAAAAGACGAAGACGGGAGGGAAAAGGACGCCCCUAGCAAGUUAA